AUGACGGUUCUUUUCUUGGCUCAGCAAGCAGAGGUGCCAGAGGACAGUGAUGACGAGGAUCCAGACGAGGUGUUCGGCUUCAUCAGCUUGGUCAACCUGACCGAGAGGAAGGGUGUGGAGUGUAUUGAGCAGGUUAAGGAGCUGGUGCUGGGGCAGUGUGAGAAGGCGUGUCCUCCCGCCGUCACCAAGCAACUGGAGGAGAUCCUCAACGACGUGGACAAACCCGUCGGCCUGCUGCUCAGCGAACGCUUCAUCAACGUCCCGCCGCAGAUCGCCCUGCCCCUACACAAGCAGCUGCA